GCUCGAUCAUGCAGAAGCAAUUUGCGUUGCUGCUCACCGUCAGUGCGCUAGUCGCAAACGGUUACCCCACGGACCUGGGUCAUCAGCAUGGAAGUGGUAGCAGUAGUGGUAGCUCGGCCAUCAGUAACUCACAGUCUGCAGGCUUUGGUGGUUUUCCGGCACUGCCCGGCUUCCAGGGAGGAUUCGGUCAGCCACAGUUCUCGCAACCGCUUGUAGCGGGACCGGGUCACACUGCCGGUGGAUGGAGUCCGGAUGUGUUUGGCAAAGGAUUCCCAUUCCCUGCUCCGGGCAGCAGUUCGGGAAGCUCAUCGUUCUCCAGCUCGUUCUCGUCGAGCCACGGUGGAAAGGUGACCGGUUCUCAGUCACAGGCACAGUCCGGUAGUCACAGUAUAGGACAUGGUGGAUCGAGCUCGGGAAGCUCGGCUGGAUCGCAAUCGUUCAGCAAGGGUGGUCAUGGACAUCAUGGAAGUGAGAGUGGAAGUGCCGCUGGCGCACAGUCAAUUUCGCACGAUCAUCACGGCCAUCAAGGAUCCUCAUCCGGCGCUCAAUCGCAUUCUGGCAGCCACGACGUUCACGGUCACGAUCAUGGAAAGGAUCUUCAAAGCGGUGCUGGAGCAAACGCACAAUCGCACUCGGCCGGUCAGGACCAUCACGGACUUCAUGGAGCGGUUGGCAGCUCGGCUGGAGCUCAAUCACAGUCGGCUUCUUCGGAUCAGGGACAUGGACACGGUCAUCUGACAUCGGGUAGCAAUGCUGGCGCACAGUCCGUUUCACAGUCUGUGCAAGACGCACACCACGGACAUGGUCACGGACCGGCCCACGGAUCCUCCAGCUCGGCCGGCGCUCAAUCACAGUCGCAGUCGAGUGUGGCGAAAGAUCAUCACGGUUACCAGCAUGGUUCGGGAGGUCAUCAGCACGGACCGGGUGGACAUCAUCAGGAGUAUCAGCACGGACACAGCCGGGACGGUGAGGGAUUCGGGGUGCGUGUGAGCGCGGACGAAUCGCAGGACGGAUCGGUGAAGAAGACUGCAAGCGAGGCUUGGGUAUGGAAGGAUUAAGCUGGCCGAUUUCUUUCGGUUGAUAAUUAUGUAUUUAUGAACAUUAGCACUGCUAAUAAAAAUAGGAU